CAUUAAUCCUCAGCUCGACCAAUCAUUUCUCCUUCAUUCUUCCAUUGCUGUGAUAAUCAUCAUAUCAUGGCUUCCUUUGUCACUCGGCUCAGCCUGGCCCUUAGCUUCAUAGCCCUAGCCCUAGCUGGCUUCUCCAUUUACCAGAAUACCCAUACAGCCAUGAAAGGGCAGCUUAAGCUUACCCCAAAUUGGCUGGACAACACUUUAGAGUCGUCGGUGGCCAACUUGAUCUCACUACGCCUUGGCAUCUCCUCCGGCAAGCUUUCCGACGAAGCGUGCAUAUUCUCCGCCGUUAAGGAAGUAGUGGACGCCGCCAUUGAUGCAGAAACCCGCAUGGCUGCUUCCCUCAUUCGCCUCUUCUUCCAUGACUGCUUUGUUGAUGGUUGUGACGCGGGUCUUCUACUAAACGAUACACCUACUUUCACCGGAGAACAGACCGCCGGCGGGAAUAAUAACUCAGUCAGAGGUUUUGAGGUGAUAGAACAAGCUAAACAGAAUGUGAAAGCCAAAUGUCCCUAUAUACCAGUAUCUUGUGCCGACAUCUUAUCCAUUGCUGCCCGUGAUUCUUUCACAAGAUUCACCGGAGAAACGUACACCGUGACUCUGGGAAGAGGCGAUGCAAGAACGGCGAACCUUACCGGAGCUAACACCCAACUCGUCGGACCAGACGAAGAAUUGGCAUCGCAAAUCCAGAAAUUUGCGGACAAAGGGUUCACCGAAACGGAAUUGGUCGCCUUGUUAGGUGUUCACACAGUUGGGUUUUCGAGAUGUCCGCUUUUAUGCGUUCCCACUUUCAUCAAUCCCGCCCGGGCCUCCACGCUGCAAUGCAACUGUCCGGUGAGUCCCGACAACACUGAGUUGGUGGGCCUGGACCCCACUCCGUUAUCGUGGGACAAAAGUUUUUACUCCGACGUCGCCAACGGUCAGGGUCUUCUGUUCUCCGACAACGAACUGAUGAAUAGCAACACCACCAGCGCCGCCGUUAGGAAGUACCGGGACGAGAUGGACGCUUUCUUGACCGAUUUCGCCGCCGCCAUGGUGAAGAUGAGCCUCCUUCCGCCGUCCGCCGGAGUGGAGCUCGAAAUCCGCGACGUUUGCAGCGAGGUGAAUGCCAACACAGUUGCAUCCAUGUGAAGUUCGUUCUCAUCGCCAUCUGUGAUUCUGUGAAAGUUUUACUCAACUGUUAAGAUUUUUCACUUUAUGUUUCUCAAAUAAUUUUUUUUUUUUUUU